AUGCAGAUUUCAAUGUUUUUACAUGGUUUGCUAUCAAUUCUUCUUUUUUCAUUGUGGCAAGUACCUAUCUUUGCUGCCCCUAAGCACUACAUCAUAUAUUUGGCAUCUCACCAUGCGGAACCUCGUUUGUCAGCUAAUCCGGAGAAUGUUACAAACUCACAUCAUGAAUUGAUUUCUUCUGUGCUAAUGAGUGAUGUAAACCCUUCAGAAAGGAUCGUAUAUUCAUAUAAUAAAAUAUUUAAUGCCUUUGCCGCAAACUUGCAUGAAGAGGAGGCCAACGUACUCUCAAAACAUCCUAGCGUUGCAUCAUUAAUUGAAAGCAAGCCAGUAAAUUUGUUUACAACUCGAUCAGUGGAUUUCAUUGGAUUUCCAAAUCAACAUAAAGAUGACUAUACCAUUGAUGAGUCCAUAUGGAAGAAAGCAAGCUUCGGAGAAGACACAAUUAUAGGACAUAUAGAUUCCGGUGUAUGGCCAGAGAGUCAGAGUUUUUCCGAUGAAGGCUUUGGCCCAGUUCCCAAAAAAUUCAAAGGAAAAUGUGAAAAUGAACACGAUCCAACAUUCAAGUGUAACAAGAAGAUUGUAGGAGCUAGAUAUUUUUACAAAGGGAUUAAGGAACAAGGUAGGUUAUUAAACUAUACCUUCAACUAUAAGUUGACUCCAGGAGAUAAUACAUUUGGGCAUGGCACUCACACCCUAUCUAAUUCCGGAGGAAACAUUGUCCCCGGAGUUAGCUGGGAAGGCUUAGCAAAUGGGACUGCGAAAGGCGUUGCGCCGAGAGCACGUCUGGCUUCCUACAAGAAUGUUUGGCCUCCUUCUACAAGUUUUCCAAUUGCAGGGAAUGCAAUGGAUUUUGUGGCUGCCUUUGAAGCUGCCAUCGACGAUGGCGUAGACGUAAUCAAUUUAUCGGAGGGAAUUUUAGUUGAGGAUAAUAGCAAGUAUUUUGAUAAUGAUGCUGUUGCUAUUUCUUCAUUCCAUGCUAUGAAGAAUGGCAUCCUCACUAUUGCUAGUGGUGGAAAUGAUGGACCUACACCCGGGAGUAUUACUAAUACUGCCCCAUGGAUGUUAAAUGUUGCUGCUAGUUCUAUUGAUAGAGAAUUUUCGGCUUUUGUCGUACUCGGUAACCAUCAAAAGAUCAAGGGUUCGCGAUAUGUGGAUAAGUACACAAGUGACUCUAAAAAAUUCUAUUCUUUAAUAACUGGCGCAGAGGCUCGUAUUCCUACUGCUAAUUACACUUAUGCUUUGGUGUGUCAACCUGGAACUCUAGACGCAGCGAAGGUGAAGGGAAAGAUGUUAGUAUGUCUUAACUCGCACAAUGAAACAUAUGAAAUUGAAAGUUCACGAAGCAUUGUAGCUAAAAAUGCAGGAGCUAUUGGGCUUAUCUUAGUAGAUGAAAAUACCACGGCAGUUUGCCCUUUUGCACCUCUUCCGGUUUCCACAGUGCACAUUAGGUACCAAGACGCCGAAGCUCUUUUUUCUUACAUCAACUCUACAAGUUCUUCAACUGCAACAAUUACUGACGAAAGGACUGCAAUGGGAGUAAAGCCUUCACCGUUCAUGGGUUCAUUCUCGUCACGCGGUCCAGACGUCAUUACCCCUGGAAUUUUAAAGCCUGAUAUAACAGCUCCUGGCGUAGAUAUUCUAGGUGCUUUUCCUCCAAAUAUUGAGAAUGCUUCAUACGUUAUGAGAUCCGGAACAUCAAUGUCAGCUCCUCAUAUCACUGGCAUUGCAGCUCUUAUUAAAAAGUUACACCCUAAUUGGAGUACUGCAGCUAUCAAAUCAGCACUUAUGACAACAGCAAGUCCCCUAGACAAUACGGGGAUGCCAAUACGUGAUCAUGAUAAGGUAACGGAGGCAACACCUUUUGCAUACGGGUCGGGUCACGUGAUACCCAACAAAGCAAUGGAUCCUGGCUUGGUUUAUGACUUGAAUCAAUAUGAUUACCUAAACUUCAUUUGCUCACGUUCUCAUAACAUUACAACAAUGAAGGCAUAUAGUAAACACCAUUCUUACAAAUGUCCGACCUCAUUUAAUAUGUUGGAUUUCAAUUAUCCGUCUAUAACUAUUCCUGACUUCUCUGGCCAUGCCAUUGUUACGCGUAAGUUGAAAAAUGUUGGAAAACCGGAUACCUACAAACCACGAAUAUAUGCACCACCUGGGGUGUCAAUCGUCGUAGAGCCUAAGCAAUUGGUGUUCUCCAAGAAGAAUCAAAAGAGAAAGUUUAAGCUUAUCUUCACGGCGGAUGUUAAACAUCUUCCUAAAGAUUACAUUUUCGGAAGUUUGGUUUGGUCUGACGCUAAACAUGAUGUAAGAAGCCCUAUUGUGAUCAAGGCCAAAUGA